AUGUCUUCAAUCAUCUUUCCAUCGAGAGGAAAGUGCAUCCAAGUCAUUGACAGCAUGCAAUGUUGCCAGUGUCUAUGGUUCUUACCUCCAGAGUCGCCCUUGCUAGACCAGAACAACUGUGGUCUGUGUGAACACGGUGUUCACGCGCACGUCGACUACGUUUCAAUGGUUGUCCAUCACUGCUUUGCGACCAAUUGUGCUGCGUACUUUCCUAAGACGGCCCGGGUACAAGCAUGUACAUGCUCGGCAUCUCUCAUCGAGCAUAUACCUGUCGUGAAUGUGUAUCGUUCGCCUACGCCUCUUACCUACGGGGCGGAUGUAUCCGUCCAUGAUAAUGGCCUCCCUUCCAAUGUCAACACAUUCACCGGUGACACGACGAACAUCCCGUUCACUCCCAUCCUCAUGCCCACUCCCUCCACUAAUGCUAAUCCAUCCUACCCUUACGGCAACACAAUGAAUUUCACACCUACCCCACAGCCUGUCACUCAAAUCGCUAUCACUCAGUUUGACGCUCAUUCGAACUCGGAAGUGGGGGGCUCUUACGGCGCUCAGUACCGGGGCAGUACCUCCAGCGUUAACGUGCAGGACCCGAGCGCGAGAUUUCGCGAGGAUUAUUUGACCACGACCUCCAACGCGGUGCGUGGCACGGAAGCCUGGGAAGAUCAACUCGAAUAA